AUGUCCAAGCUCUCGCCCGCCCUCAAGCAACUCAUCAACGCCCCGUUUGCUCGUCCAGGCGCUCUGCCCGCACCCCAAGGCAUCAAGGCCUUUUACCAGAACUUGGCCAAGGAUGCUAAGGACAGAGGUAUUGGUGUGCCUGCUUGGUUGUCAAUGGCUGAUGUUAGNACAGCGACAACCAUGACGAUGAACUCGCCCGACUCCUUGACUGAGCUGUAUCAUGCAGCUUCUCCCGAGGGCGAUGCAGUGGCCACAGCAGAACUCAUGAGAGAAGUUGGAUUAAAGUGCAUUGGCUUCAACGGCGUGCCUCGUACCAUAAACAUGCUCAAUGCCUUCCGUGCCUCCCUCCCCUCAUCCACCGUAAAAUCUCUCUCCACAACACCCACCCGUAUCCCCUCGCCCAACAACAUCACCGACAUGAGUGCCCGCGGCGAGCAACUCUGGAAAAGCAUAUACGACCCCUUUGACAAGAAACUCUACAACAAGCUCGCAGAGUCACAUCCUGAUUUGCCUGUCCACAUCCUGCACUCCGAGUACGGUGCUCUGUUUGCCGACCCCGAGGAAAGAGGAAGCCAAAAGGGAAAUGUGGGUAGAGUGUUGACUAGUAUUGUGGCAGUCAGCUGUCUGAGGACGCAGACGGGUGUGGGCCCGCAGGUGUUGAGUCAUGUAUUUGGAUUGAGAAAGGCGUUUAAGGAUGGCUCUGCGGAGAAGGAUGUUCAGGGUGGUGAGUGGCUGGCUGGUGAUGAGGGUAGUGUUUGGCUACUCGAGAGUGUGGAUAGACUUGUGGAGGCAUUGAGUGGGGGCAAGGGAUCAAGCUAUGCCCCUGGGUCUAUCAAGGCAAAACUCUAG